GGCCGGGCUGGGCUCUGCCGGCAGCGCAUCCCCCGCUCCGCUCCGCCCCGCGGCCGCGGCCAUGACCGACAACAUCCCGCUGCAGCCGGUCCGGCAGAAGAAGCGCAUGGACAGCAAACACCGCGGAGGGUGUUGCGAAUGCUUAAGAUGCUGUGGGAGGAGAGAGCCGAGGCCUCGGACCGUGUGGCUCGGCCACCCAGAGAAGAGAGACCAGAGGUACCCUCGCAAUGUCAUCAACAACCAGAAAUACAACUUCUUUACCUUUCUCCCUGGGGUGUUGUUUAACCAGUUCAAAUACUUCUUCAACCUUUAUUUCUUGCUCUUGGCCUGCUCUCAGUUCGUGGUUGAGAUGAGGCUUGGUGCACUUUACACCUACUGGGUUCCUCUGGGGUUUGUGCUGGCUGUCACCGUGAUCCGCGAGGCGGCCGAGGAGAUCCGAUGCUACAUGCGGGACAAGGAAGUGAACUCGCAGAUCUACAGCAAGCUCACAGCCAGAGGGACUGUCAAGGUGAAGAGCUCUAACAUACAAGUGGGUGACCUCAUCAUUGUGGAAAAGAACCAGAGGGUCCCCGCUGACAUGAUCUUCCUGAGGACGUCGGAGAAGAAUGGCUCCUGCUUCCUUCGCACGGACCAGCUGGACGGGGAGACAGACUGGAAGCUGCGCCUGCCCGUCACCUGCACCCAGCGCCUGCCCACGGCCUCUGACCUGCUGCAGAUCCGCUCCUACGUCUACGCAGAGGAACCCAACAUUGACAUCCACAACUUUGUGGGGACCUUCACCAGGGAGGACAGUGACCCUCCAGUAAAUGAAAGUUUAAGCAUAGAAAACACCCUGUGGGCCAGCACAGUGAUUGCAUCAGGUACUGUGGUGGGAGUUGUCCUCUACACGGGGAGGGAGCUGCGCAGCGUGAUGAAUACUUCCAACCCAAGAAGUAAGAUUGGUCUCUUUGAUCUGGAGGUGAACUGUCUCACCAAGAUCCUCUUUGGGGCUCUGGUGGUGGUGUCCCUGGUCAUGGUGGCCCUUCAGCACUUCGCAGGCCGUUGGUACCUGCAGAUCAUCAGAUUCCUGCUGCUCUUCUCAAACAUCAUUCCCAUCAGUUUACGUGUGAAUCUGGACAUGGGGAAGAUUGUGUACAGCUGGGUGAUCCGCCGAGAUUCCAAAAUCCCUGGCACUGUGGUUCGGUCCAGCACCAUCCCUGAGCAGCUGGGGAGGAUUUCCUAUUUGCUUACAGACAAAACAGGGACUCUCACCCAGAACGAGAUGGUUUUCAAGAGGCUCCACCUGGGAACGGUGGCCUACGGCCUGGACUCCAUGGACGAGGUGCAGAGCCACAUAUUCAGCAUUUACACACAGCAGCCGCAGGAGCCCCCGGCCGUGAAGGGGCUGUCCCUGGCCACCAAGGUGCGGCGCACCAUGAGCAGCCGCGUGCACGAGGCCGUCAAGGCCAUCGCGCUGUGCCACAACGUCACCCCCGUCUACGAGUCCAACGGCGUCACCGACCAGGCCGAGGCCGAGCGCCACUACGAGGACUCCUGCAGGGUGUACCAGGCCUCCAGCCCCGACGAGGUGGCCCUGGUGCAGUGGACAGAGAGCGUGGGUUUGACUCUGGUGGGCAGAGACCAGUCCUCGGUGCAGCUGAGGAGCCCGGGGGGGCACAUCCUCAACUUCACCAUCCUGCAGAUCUUCCCCUUCACCUACGAGAGCAAGCGCAUGGGCAUCAUCGUGCGGGAUGAAUCCACAGGAGAGAUCACCUUCUACAUGAAGGGGGCAGACGUGGUGAUGGCUGGCAUCGUGCAGUACAACGACUGGCUGGAGGAGGAGUGUGGUAACAUGGCUCGGGAAGGCCUCAGGGUUCUUGUCGUGGCCAAGAAGUCUCUGACAGAAGAGCAGUAUCAAGACUUUGAAGCUCGCUACGUCCAGGCCAAGCUGAGCGUGCACGACCGCUCCCUCAAAGUGGCCACGGUCAUCGAGAGCCUGGAGAUGGAGAUGGAGCUGCUGUGCCUCACUGGGGUGGAGGACCAGCUGCAGGCAGACGUCAGGCCCACGCUGGAGACGCUGAGGAACGCUGGCAUUAAGGUGUGGAUGCUGACGGGGGAUAAGCUGGAGACAGCCACGUGUACAGCCAAGAACGCUCACCUGGUGACACGGACACAGGACAUCCAUGUAUUCAGACUAGUGACAAACCGAGGAGAAGCCCACCUGGAGCUGAACGCCUUCCGCCGCAAGCACGACUGCGCCCUGGUCAUCUCGGGGGACUCGCUGGAGGUGUGCCUCAAGUACUACGAGUACGAGUUCAUGGAGCUGGCGUGCCAGUGCCCAGCCGUGGUGUGCUGCCGCUGUGCGCCCACGCAGAAAGCGCAGAUCGUGCGGCUGCUGCAGGAGAGGACGGGCAAACUCACCUGUGCCGUGGGUGAUGGAGGGAAUGAUGUUAGCAUGAUUCAGGAGGCUGACUGUGGUGUUGGAGUUGAAGGAAAGGAGGGGAAGCAGGCAUCGCUGGCAGCCGAUUUCUCCAUCACUCAGUUCAAGCACCUGGGUCGUCUGCUCAUGGUCCAUGGCAGGAACAGCUACAAGAGGUCUGCAGCCCUCAGCCAGUUUGUGAUCCACAGGAGCCUCUGCAUCAGCACCAUGCAGGCUGUUUUCUCGUCAGUAUUUUACUUUGCUUCGGUUCCUCUCUACCAAGGCUUCCUCAUCAUUGGGUACUCCACAAUUUACACCAUGUUUCCCGUGUUUUCUCUUGUCCUGGACAAGGAUGUGAAAUCUGAAGUUGCAAUGCUGUACCCAGAGCUCUACAAAGAUCUUCUCAAGGGACGACCGUUGUCGUACAAAACAUUUUUAAUCUGGGUCUUGAUAAGCAUUUAUCAAGGUAGCAUCAUCAUGUACGGAGCGCUCCUCCUCUUCGAGUCCGAAUUUGUGCACAUUGUUGCCAUUUCCUUCACGUCCCUGAUUCUCACCGAGCUGCUGAUGGUGGCGCUGACAAUCCAGACGUGGCACUGGCUCAUGAUCGUGGCUGAGCUGCUCAGCCUCUCCUGCUACAUCGCCUCCCUGGUCUUCUUGCACGAGUUCAUUGAUGUUUACUUCAUUGCCACCUUGUCGUUCCUGUGGAAGGUCACUGUCAUCACCCUGGUGAGCUGCCUGCCCCUCUACGUCCUCAAGUACCUGAGACGGAGGUUUUCUCCCCCCAGCUACUCGAAGCUCACGUCCUAGGGCUGCUGCUGGCACACAGACAGACGUUGCCCAGGGCCCAGAGACAAACCCCAGCUGUCCCCACGCCCAACACCUGCCUCAGGACCCCGUGGUAAUCUCUGUCACCUGCUGCUGUGGUGAGACCCUUCCAGACUGCCCUGGACGGGCCCCUGACGCCAAAAGGGAGUGUUUGGAGGGUGGAGGCUCUGAGUUCAUCCAGUUCUCGGCACUUUUGUUCUACUUCACUGGGGUCAAAUGCAUGGAACUGCGAUGGCAGUGGGUUUCUCUUGCAUGGUUCCAAGUCUGUGGAAGCUGCUACCUGACCUUGGGAUUUACAUUUGAUAAUUUAAAGUGAAUUUUUUAAGUGUCUGCGCUGUUCUUUGCAUUGUAUUACAGUUUUUUUUUUUUUUUUUUUUUAAUGUUAUUCAUCUUUUUGAUUCAAGUAGUUACAUUCUUUUUACAUCUUGGGACUCCCUUAAUGUAGGUGAUGCACUACACUGCUGACAGCUGAUUCCUGAUUUAUGGCAUGUUGUUUCCAUAACGGGGCUCCAGCCUGUCGGAUCUACACACGCUGGAGAAUCUGAGCGUGUCUGAGACUUUCCUUCCCUUGGAAUGUGGUCACCCCAGUGAUUUUGGAGGUAUCCAGCCAUUGAUAAAGACAGAGGAGCGGUAGCUCAAAACGAGGGAAUUCAGUUUUGUUUAGCUUUUGUGCUUCCUGUUAAAAGGAGCCGGUGACAUAAUAGUUUUACUCUGUAUUUAUUUGUGCAGGAGAAAAUUAUCUAAACUAAAGCAAAUCCUCUUUGGAACAGAACUUUGCAGUUGAUCAUCCUUGAAAUGUGUCGACAACGUGAGAAGAGACUCGUACUGUUCUGCAGACAAUGUGGCAGACGUGUCUUGAAUCCUUGGAGACUGAAAGGAGAGGUCACAGAGCUGCUACUCCUCACAGCUCCAUGAAAUCUGUUUCCUGUUAGUGUGAAGCUGUGAGGGUGAGCUGCAAAUAAGCAGAGGCACUCCUGGGUGGAUGUUUUAAUGACAUGCUCCCUGCAGAGGGGUAGUUUCUGGAGCCUUGCACUUGCUUGGCUCUAGAAACCAGACCUGAAUGGCAGGAGUGGGCUCCUACAAAGGCAUUAGGCUUGUGUGCAGAGCACAUUUAUGUGGUUUUAAUUUUCAAAAAUGAAACUCGGUGAGUUCUGUCAUUACUAUAAAUUUUGAUCCAUGUUAUAAUAUCAUGAGGAGAGCAACAUGUGCUUGGGCUUCUCAGCAGAAGGACAGAGACUCCCAGGGACCUUUUAGAGCUGGGUUGAUGCAUCAAACACGGAUGGGCUUUUAGUGGCAGCCAUCCUUGUCUAAGGCUCUUCAGUCUGUGCUGAAUUAGCUGCUUGCUGUCUUCUUCCCACAUCAGAGAAACCACGGGCGGAGCUGGCACUGCCUGGCGCCGUUGGUCCUUGGCUGCACAGGAGGGAAAGAGCCCAGAGCCUGAGCUCCUGUCCCAAACCAGAGCCCAGAGCCUGAGCUCCUGUCCCAAACCAGAGCCUGAGCUCCUGUCCCAAAGCAGAACCCAGAGCCUGAGCUCCUGUCCCAAAGCAGAGCCUGAGCUCCUGUCCCAAACCAGAGCCUGAGCUCCUGUCCCAAAGCAGAACCCAGAGCCUGAGCUCCUGUCCCAAACCAGAGCCUGAGCUCCUGUCCCAAACCAGAGCCUGAGCUCCUGUCCCAAACCAGAACCCAGAACCUGAGCUCCUGUCCCAAAUCAGAGCCUGAGCUCCUGUCCCAAACCAGAGCCCAGAGCCUGAGCUCCUGUCCCAAAGCAGAGCCUGAGCUCCUGUCCCAAAUCAGAGCCUGAGCUCCUGUCCCAAACCAGAACCCAGAGCCUGAGCUCCUGUCCCAAACCAGAGCCUGAGCUCCUGUCCCAAAGCAGAACCCAGAACCUGAGCUCCUGUCCCAAAUCAAAGCCUGAGCUCCCUCCUGGGAGCUGGGCUCACAGCUUCCUGUGAAUUAAUGCCGUUUUGCCAGAAAUAUCCUUAACACUGUCUUCAUCAUGACUGGAUAGUGAUGGCCAUGCCGCUGCUCUGGAGUCCCCAGACAGCAUUUCGCAGAAUCGUGGAAUGGUUUGGGUUGGGAGGGACCUUAAAUCCCACCCAGUGCCACCCCUGCCAUGAGGACACCUCCCACUGUCCCAGGGUGAUCCGAGCCCCAGUGUCCAGCCUUGGGCACUGCCAGGGAUCCGGGGGCAGCCACAGCUGCUGUGGGAAUUCCUGUGUCAGGGCCUGCCCACCCUCCCAGGGAGGAAUUUCUUCUCACUAUCCCAUCUAAUUUGCUUUCAUUAGUUUAACCAAGAAUUCCUCCUGGCCCGAGGUGGUGACUGAGCAGCCCAGCCCUGUCCCUCUCUCCUGUGUGUUGGCAGUUCAGUGUCCUGCAACAGCAACGGUGCCAAGCUACUGUGUGUAAAUAUUUGAGACAUAUAAAUGCUAGAAUUCACUGUUUCCUCAAGUCAAUACAGUUUACACUGAGUGGACCAUAUUUGCAAACCAUUGGCGUACAUCAAGAAAGGGAGUGAGCUGUGAUCUCAUUUGUAUUUAUUGAAUCAUAAGUUUAGUAGCAUAUUUAGUAGUUGAUAGUGAUCUGUAGCUGUGUUUUGGGGUGUGGAUUAUGUUCUUUGCAGCUCGUGGUUUUGCACAAGGUAGUAAAUCCAGGAAGUCAUUUCUGCCUGGAUAUACACUACAUUUUUUCAAAGCAGAGACUAAAACUGCCAUCUAACAAACAGCAGGAAAGAGAAAUACUUCUGUUUUUUUAAGUUUAGCACUUUAUGUUUGCAGCCCUGUUCUCUUAAGUUAUUUAAAAAUGUUUUUAAAAGUGAAAUUUAAUACACAUGUUCCUAUUUACUGUACAUUAAAAUAAAUGGAUUCUCUGCUGGAAAUUUCA